AUGUUUUUCUACCUUCCUUUGCUUUUCCUGUUACCUUUCGUGCUUGCACAUGAUGGCCACGACGAAGAUCAGAUUCCUCUUGGUUAUGUUCGUUUUCCCUACCAAGCCACUUAUCCCGGAGAUAACGAGGCAGUGACCGCUGAUUCCGUAUUUUCUGGAAUUACAACCUUCGCCAAACUUCCAUGGGUCCAAUGUCUUGGGAGGGACAGAGACACUGCCUUCGACAUUGCAUUCCUUGGAGCACCUUUUGACACGGCUACAUCCUACCGACCCGGCGCCCGGUUUGGACCCUCUGGAAUUCGCGCUGGUUCUCGCCGCCUUAACCUCUACGGAGGUUACAACGUUCCUCUUGAAGUUAACCCCUUCAUGUCUGGACUGAAGCUUGUCGACUGCGGCGACAUUCCGGUGACACCCUAUGACAACAAAUUCGCCAUCAAACAAAUCGAAAAUGGACAUAAGCAGCUCCUCCAACGCACCGCUGCCUCGUCUCUAGGUAACGACUCCCUCACCAGCCAACCUCUUGUGCCUAUCUCUCUCGACGGAGUAAACCACCCCAGGAUUAUCACGCUCGGUGGUGACCACACCAUCGUUCUGCCUCUUUUGCGCUCCAUCCACUCUGUCUACGGUCCCAUUUCUGUCAUACACUUCGAUUCCCAUCUCGAUACCUGGAAGCCCUCCGUCUUUGGCGGCGCGCCUUCCGAACAGGCAGCUAUCAACCACGGAACGUACUUCUACUGGGCGAGCCAGGAGGGCCUAAUCAAAAACGGGAGCUCCAUCCACGGCGCCAUCCGCACCACGCUCUCCGGACCCGCGGACUACGUGAACGAUGACGAGUCUGGCUUCCAGAGGAUUGAAGCGCGUGAGAUCGACACUAUUGGAACGAGCGGCAUCAUCGCGAAGAUUCGUGAGACCGUAGGGGACAGGCCUGUCUACUUGUCUAUCGACAUCGAUUCGAUCGACCCCGCAUUUGCGCCCGCCACAGGAACCCCCGAGACUGGUGGCUGGUCUACACGCGAGCUUCGCACGAUUUUACGUGGUCUCGAUGGUCUUCAUAUAGUGUCUGCUGACAUCGUGGAAGUCGCUCCGGCUUACGACACUAAUGCAGAGCUGACGACAAUGGCUGCGGCUGAUGUUUUGUAUGAGGUGUUGAGCGUAAUGACGAAGACCCCUCUUGGAAAGGUGGUGAAGGACUAA